CCCGUUCACACACCUGGCCUCGCUCUGGCACCCUCGCUGGCCCGCUGGCUGACACUCUGCCUCUCGUUCGCUGCGGUAUAUUGUCGCGCCCUUGGACCUCAUGAGCAUUUAUUCCGGAGACGAGAGAUCCCUAUGAGAAUGUAGAGAAAAGGAAGGCUUUUUCUGCAGAGGAAAAAGACAAGGAUGAUAUUUUGGGUCAUUUAGUUAAAACAGAGAGAAGAGAGAGAGAGAGAGAGAGGAAAAAAUGUGACUUAAACUAAUUCGACACCAAGAAAAUUUCCACGAUCCUUAAAAAUCAUCUUUUUGAAACACACACAUACACACGAUGACAAAAGAAACAGAGAACAAAUGAAACUCGCGGUACAAAUCAGACCAAAAUAGGAAAUCAGUGGGGAAUAAAAGAAACUUCUCCCUGGCGGCCUGUUGCUUCACUCAGCCAAGCCCAGAAGCGAUAGUGGAAGAGGAGAGACUUUAACUAAAGAAAUACAAGAUUUCACCAAGAAAGCUCACGGCAGAAAGUCUGAUGGACCAGCCGAGGACAUGAAGAAUGAGGAAAGGAUGCAAGCGAAGGAAACGGGAUGAGGCAAAAGUGACCUUUCCAACUCAAGCCUUGAAAGGAGAAAGAGAGAAAGAGAGAGAGGUAGAAAAAGAGAGAGCAGACUCCGAGCCUCAUUAACUCAUAAAUCGACACUCGAAAAUCCUUCUGCAAAAUCCAGCUGGUGUUUCUUUUUCCCUCCUUUCCUCACUCUCUCCUUUCUUCUCUUUUUCCCCUCUUUACUUUUUUUUCUGGCCCUCACGACUCCCCUCAUCACUACGUGAGGCGACCUUGAAGCGGGUCGGGCUGGGGUCAUGAAAGGGAUUGGAAAUUCGCCCUUAACAAAAAAAGGAAAAGGAAGGAAAAAGUGUGUGUAAAGGAGAUUGAACUCAUUUUUAGAAGACUUCACUGAUCAACAUUUUGUCGUUACUGUAUCAGUCUUCUAUGCAUCUUCUCACUGCAGUCUUGCUGAUCCAGUCUGUACUGCUGGUGAUGAAAGUGAAGCUCAGCCAACCAUAACACGGAAAAUGUUUUAAGAUAAAAAGGUAUCAAUAAUGAUAAUGAAAAAUUAAUAAUAUUAAACACUCCGGUCACUGAAUUCAAAAACCGAAAAUAUAAACUCAAAUGCUUUAGAAGUGAGAGAGGUCAUGUCAAUAUGAAAACUACUUCUGGACAAAAUGAGAAAGGGUUUGUAAAGAAAGCCGUUACCAUCAGCAUGAAACCUACACCGACGGAGACAUACGCAUAAACUUAUGAAGAAAAAGAAUGUAAAUUCUCAAAACUCCUUCAAACGAACAAAAGUUGCUAAUAGUUAACAGUACAGACCCCUGAAAAUAACUUACAGUGAAUCCUAAUAUCACAAAUAAGUAGGAAUCCCCUAUCACAAUGAAGAUAAAACUAAAAGAAAAGAAAAUCUAAAAUCUAAAAAAGAAGAAAAGGAGGAAGAGAAACGAAGAAAAAGAUCGCCCCAGAAGGACACACUUCCGCCCUCCAAAAUAUUCAAGGUUUCCGGAGCCUCCUCGCCAACUCCUCACAAGAAGUCUCCAGCCAUGGAUUAUUAUGAGGGCUCUGGAUCUCUGGCGAACCUCACCUUAUUCGUCAACGGGUCAGAUGAUUAUGAGGGAAACGAGGUCUUUGCUGAUCAUAACAUCACGAACAGGACAGACGCUGAAGGCGGCUACUGCAGCAGCGAGGCGUGGGACCAGAUGCGCACCAGCUACAAGAUGGUGCACGGCUGCAUGUCGCUGGCGGUGUGCGUGUUCGGCUCCAUCGCCAACAUCAUCAACAUGGUGGUGCUGACGCGGCGCUCGAUGGUGUCGCCGACCAACGCCAUCCUGACGGCGCUGGCCAUCGCCGACCUGCUGGUCAUGGUGGUGUACCUGCCGUACACCAUGCACGUGUACGUGUGGGUGCCGCGGGCCAUCGAGUCGCGCUUCUCGUGGAGCUGGGCCGUGUAUGUGCUCUUCCAGGCGCAGUCGAACCAAGUCUUCCAUACGAUCUCCAUCUUCCUGACGGUGACGCUGGCGGUGUGGCGCUACAUCGCCAUCGCACUGCCGCAGAACAACGCCUCCUGGUGCUCAAUGAAGAACACGCAGCUGGUGAUCGUGCUCACCUUCCUGUGCUCGGUCAUCUGCAACAUCCCCAACUACCUCAACAUCGCCAUCAUCCAGAAGGAGUACGAGGGCGCCAUGCUCUACUUCGUCGGCUUCAGCGAGCUGGCGCUGGCCAACGGCGGCCUGCUCAAGAACAUCAACUUCUGGAUCUACUCCGUGCUGAUGAAGCUGCUCCCGUGCGUGGCGCUGACGGGGCUGUCCAUUGCGCUUAUCCAGGAGCUGCUGCUGGCGGCCAAGCGGCGCGCCGCCCUCAUGAAGCGAGCCACGGUGGCGCGCAACGCCAACGCGCAGCGGCAGGCCGACCGCGUCACCACGAUGCUGCUGGCCAUCCUGGUGCUGUUCCUGGUGUCGGAGGUGCCGCAGGGCAUCUUGUGCUUGCUGGCCGUCCUGCCCGACUCCGGUUUCUUCAAGUGCUACCAGCAGCUGGGCGAGAUGAUGGACAUGCUGGUGCUGUUCAACAGCGCCGUCAACUUCCUGCUGUACUGCGCCAUGAGCCAGCAGUUCAGGAACACCUUCACGCAGCUCUUUAAGUCGUACUACGUGUACGCGCCGUCCCUCCCGCAGAGCUGGAAGUCCAUGCCUGUGGGCGACGCCCGCGGCGAGAGCAACAACACCUGCAUCACGCACGUGUAGGGCGCUUUGCUCACCCACUCAUAGAUUCACACGCACACUCACAUGCAAACACACGAGCGCACGCACACACACGCAUACGCAUGCGCACACU